AUCCAGCUAUCACACAUUUCACGGUGAAAGAUAAGAGAAUUAAAUUAAGAGAAAUCUUCAAAUUUGUGUUGGAAUUCGUGUAUUCAAGUGUUGUAACUAUAAAUAUUUAGCUGUGGAGAACACUGUGUUUUUAUAGUGCGUUUACUUAAUUAAGCGUGAUGCAAGAGAUUAAGAUUUGCAUUCAUGUCCUUGCAACCUCAAAAUCCACCUGCUGAGCCUUCGGAUGGCCCCCGGCAACGAAGUAGAUCGUUGGGCAAUAGAUUACGAUCGCUAUCGAUUGUAUCUUCAAACCAUAGCCCAAGACGAUCAUUUUGCGUGUCAACAUUGACAGAAGAACCAACCAGCAAAAUACGGCUCAGAAUAAUUAGGGGAAAGAAUCUUAUGAAAAAGGAUAUUUUUGGGGCAAGUGAUCCUUACGUAAAGAUCGAUCUGAACACAAUAAACGGAGAUGAAACGAUUGAUUCCGUUUUAACAAAAACUAAGAAAAGGACCCUCAAUCCAGAAUGGAACGAAGAAUUCAUAUUUCGGGUGAAACCAGCGGAACACAAGCUGAUCCUCCAAGUCUUUGACGAGAACAGACUAACCCGCGAUGACUUCCUCGGCAUGGUGGAGAUAACUCUGAUAAAUCUGCCGCGAGAGCAGGAGGGGCGCAACAUCGGAACAGUGAAAUACCUCCUAGGCCGCAGAAGCAGUUUUAGUGCUCGUUCAAGAGUUCGAGGGCACCUUGAGAUAUAUCACGCGUUUCUGCACGACAGCGAGGUGCCCCCGGCGCCCCCCGAUUCGGACCGGAUCGGCAAUGAGCGCGACUGGGAGAUUAUGAGCGAUGGGCGGGAGGAGGGGCCAGCGCAGCCUGUAUAUGUUAAUGAUCCUUUUGAGUCCAAUGCGCCCCUGCCUCCUGGCUGGGAGGAGCGGCAAGACGCGAACGGGAGGACGUAUUACGUCAACCACAUAGCGAGAACCACUCAGUGGGAGAGGCCCACGUCUAGCAAUAAUGUCGAUAACCAAUUACAAGAGCAAAGGGUGCUUGAGCAGGCUGUGGUUUUUGAACGGCGCUACCACAUUAGCGCCGAGGAUGAGAAUAAUGGCAGAGGCGAUUCCAGUGCAAGUCAAGCCGUUAGUCCGAGUAGUGACGGUGCUGCUGCUGGUGGUCCGGACUCGAACGUUGUAAUUCCGGUCCUGGACUUAAAUAAUCUGCCUGAAAUACGGGUCGAAUCUGACGAUGUAGACGACACGCUUGCUACUAAACUCAACAAUCGCCUCAGUGUCAGAUCAACAGAGAACAAUAACGAUUCAGAGUACAACGCUUCGGCCGAAAGCAAUGAAAGCAGUCGAAGAAGCUCAUUUGAUUAUCCACAAUUCGAAUUGAGAGGCCGAUCAGUUUUUGGUGCGCGCGUUGAACGACGAGCCGACGAUGACGAUGAUUUUGAAAUUGUCGACACGGACUCGGAGAGCGAGGAUCACACCGACAGUUUAUCAAACAGCUCAUCUCGUCGCGACUCCACCGUAUCCACAACAAGCAAUAGCACGACCCCAAACAACUUAGAAAUACUAUCGGAGGGUUUACCGCCGGGAUGGACCGUUCAGGUGGCCCCAAACGGCCGAUUAUUUUUCAUUGACCACAAUGAGAGAACCACAUCAUGGGUGGAUCCUCGUACAGGCCGUGCGAGUCCGAUGCCUAACCAAGCAACCGUGCCUUUAGUCAACAGGAGACCUGAUGACGAUCUAGGGCCACUACCGGAAGGAUGGGAGGAGCGGGUUCACACCGACGGGAGGAUAUUCUUUAUCGAUCACAACACGAGAACAACACAAUGGGAGGAUCCACGACUCUCAAAUCCCCAAAUUGCGGGACCAGCAAUACCGUACUCAAGAGAUUAUAAACGUAAAUAUGAAUACAUGAAAGCGCAGCUCAGAAAACCGACAAAUGUGCCCAACAAAUUUGAAAUAAAAGUGAAACGAAGAAGUAUUUUGGAAGACUCGUUCCGGGUGAUAACGUCCGUCCCUAGGGUAGAAUUGUUGAAAACGAAACUGUGGAUUGAGUUCGAGGGCGAAGUCGGGUUAGAUUACGGAGGUUUAGCUAGAGAAUGGUUCUAUCUGUUGUCCAAGGAGAUGUUUAAUCCCUACUACGGCCUGUUUGAAUAUUCAGCCAUGGACAAUUACACACUGCAAAUAAACCCAUUUUCCGGUCUUUGUAACGAAGAGCACUUGAAUUACUUUAAAUUCAUCGGACGUGUCGCUGGGAUGGCUGUGUAUCACGGAAAAUUGCUCGACGCAUUUUUCAUACGACCGUUUUAUAAAAUGAUGUUAGGUAAAACAAUUGAUCUCAAAGACAUGGAGUCGGUAGAUUCGGAAUACUACAAGUCGCUGCUGUGGAUAAAGGAAAAUGACCCGAGCGGGUUAGAUUUAACGUUUUCAGUGGACGAGGAAUCGCUGGGGCAUACGACCGUUCACGAACUCAUUGAAGGGGGUGCCAACAUUCCAUUAGAUAACACGAAUAAAGACGACUAUAUCAAGUGUAUAAUCCAGUGGCGGUUCGUCGGCCGGGUCCAGGAGCAGAUGAAUGCGUUUUUGUCCGGUUUCAACGAUUUAAUUCCUUUGAGUAUUGUGAAAAUCUUUGAUGAGCACGAGCUCGAACUGCUGAUGUGCGGGAUACAACACAUUGAUGUCAAAGAUUGGAAACAGAACACGCUCUACAAGGGGGAUUAUCACGCCAACCAUAUCGUCAUUCAGUGGUUUUGGAGGGUGGUGUUGUCGUUUAGUAACGAAAUGAGGGCGAGGUUGUUGCAAUUCGUCACCGGGACGUCACGUGUGCCAAUGAACGGAUUUAAGGAACUGUACGGAAGCAAUGGUCCCCAACUGUUCACGAUUGAAAAGUGGGGCACGCCUGAAAAUUUCCCACGAGCUCAUACCUGUUUCAACCGGUUAGAUCUACCUCCUUACGAGAGUUACCAACACCUCAAGGAUAAACUAAUCAAAGCAAUUGAAGGGUCGCAAGGUUUCGCCGGUGUAGAUUAGGGAACGUGCGGAAAUUUGUAUUCUUUUAACUAUUAAUCUGUCCAUUAUUUACUUAAGAUUCUAUCAGCCUGUAUGAAAUCUAUUUCAAUCAUUAUUAUUAUACAAAUAUUUUAUAGAGUGAUUCUUGAAGUCGUUAUUUUUAUCUGUAUUGUACUUUGUAAAUAUUAUACAUGUUUUAAAAUUUUAAACUAUUUACUGUAGACUAUAUCCUAGCUUGUUCUUUUUUAAAACUAGAUUAGGCCAUUGUUGAACGUGAAGUAUUUUAUAUUCCAAAAGUUGAUUCAAUAUACAACGUGUUAUUAUACAAGGCAUCGACGGAAGUUAAGUAUUUUCACAUUUUGCUGAGCCUGAAAUUACAAGACGAUUUAGUUAAGAUACUUAAGUCACUAAACAUCAUUAUUUUAAUUACUUUCAUAAUUUAUGUUUCUGUUGAUUCUGUUUUUGUAUUAUUCUAUUGAACUGUAUAUAUUUUAAAUCUGAAAUAUGCUGUAUUAUGCUUUAUAUGUUAUGUGGGAUUAAAAAAUAUAUUUUAAUAGACUCACUUGUUCGAA